UGAUAUGGAAAUUAAAUUUAUAUUGUGUUUGCGUAUCAAACCACCUCGUAUAUGGACAAUUCCAAUUAAAUCUUUAAAUCUCAUAUUAUAAUCUAUAGCUUUCAAUAGUAGUUCUUGAACUUUUAACAGGGACUGCUCUUUAGAAGUUGCUUUCAUGACUAAUUAUACUACUAAAACAAUGCAUGUAAAACAAAACUUUCUGUUUUUGUGCUCUGGAGGUGAAAGGGUACUAAGAAAGAUUUGAACUUUUGAAAGAACUGGACCUAAAGUAAGAUUCUUGGAGUGGACAAAAGUGUGAAAAUUUUGAAUUCUUCUGCUUUUUGGAGAAGAUGCUGUGUGCUUGUUCAGGAGAGCAAUUCAAAUUUGAUGAGCCACCACCUGAGUCUCCUGAGUCAUUGGCCACAAGGGAUUUCUCAGCCAGUGGCAUUUCUUCAAGAACUGGAACAGUAGAUUGGGAUUCAAAACUUGAUGAUGCCCAAGUUGAUGAAGCUGAAUCAACUUUAAAAGAAGCACUUUCCUUGAACUAUGAGGAAGCAAGAGCAUUGUUGGGGAGGCUAGAAUACCAAAGAGGGAAUUUUGAUGCUGCCCUUCAAGUGUUUCAAGGAAUAGAUAUUAGAACCCUGUCCUCGAGAAUGUCUAAAGCCAUUUCUGAGAGAACGAGGCCCUUAAAACCGCGUUCCAAAGGUGAUAUUGUGCCUGCUGGUGUGAUGUCACUGCAUUCUGUGAGUCUACUUCUUGAAGCAAUUUUGCUUAAAGCAAAAUCCUUAGAAGAGCUCCGCCGAAUCAAAGAUGCUGCUAAGGAGUGCAAGAUGAUACUGGAUGUUGUUGAUUCAGCAUUACCAAAUGGAAUACCAGAUGGAAUUUCUGAAGACUGUAAGUUACUGGAGAUGUUUCAUAAAGCGCUUGAGUUACUUCCCAAGUUAUGGAUACAAGCAGGGUAUUUGGAUGAAGCUGUGCUUGCAUAUCGAAGGGCUCUAAUCAAGCCUUGGAAUUUGGAUCCUCAAAGAUUGGCCUGUGUACAAAAAGACUUAGCUGCCACUUUACUCUUUGGAGGGGUUGAAGUUGAGGUUCCUGCUCAAUUUCAAGUGUGGGGUUCAACAUCCCCUAAAAGUAACUUGGAGGAAGCAAUUCUCUUGUUAUUUAUACUCAUGAGCAAAAUGUUAAAUGGUCAAAUAGAAUGGGAUUCCGAAGUCAUGAGCCAUUUGACAUUCGCAUUGACAAUUUCUGGCAACUUUGAGUCUGUUGCAGAUCAUAUUGAGCAGGUUAUUCCAGGAGUUCAUACCCGAGCAGAGAGAUGGUAUCUACUUGCUCUUUGUUACAGUGCUGCAGGUCAAAAUGAUACGGCAUUGAACCUUGUCAAGAAAAUUUCUGGAUGUUCAGAAGCCAACCAAGAACCUCAUGUUCCAUCUCUCUUGUUGGGAGCAAAGCUGUGUUCUCAGGAUCUGCAGCAAGCUCACGAGGGGAUAAGUUUUGCUCGUGAGGUAAUUAACUUGGCCAAAAAUCAAGACGAACAUUUCCUAGUUCAAGCUCAUAAACUUCUUGGCGUCUGUUAUGGAAACGCUGCAAGAGUUUCCCUUUCGGAUUUUGACAGAAAUUUCUGCCAAAGAGAAGCGUUGGCUGCCUUAAACUCCGCUAUUACCGUUUGCAAGGAGGAUCCAGAAAUUUUAUUUAGUCUUGGAUUGGAAAAUGCCAUACAAAGAAACUUGACUCCAGCUUUUAAUAAUGUAAUGCGCUACUCAGAAAUGUCAGCUGGAAGUACAGCGAAAGCUUGGAAGUUGUUGGCUUUAGUCGUUUCAGCAGAACAACGAUUCAAAGAUGCAGAAGCCAUAGUUGAUCUUGCUCUUGAUGAGACUGGACAAAUCGACCAAAUGGAACAUCUCAGGUUAAAAGCUGUCCUUCAAAUAUCUCAACAACAGCCCAAGCAAGCCAUAGAGACAUACAGGAUUUUGCUGGCUAUGAUUCAAGCACAAAAGGAGUCAGCGACAAAUGAUGAGGUAACUUCUCAGAGAAGAUUAGAAGUUGAAGCAUGGCUUGAUUUAGCAGGAUUAUAUACAGAUCUUGAGUCGUGGCGUGAUGCUGAAAUAAGUAUAAACAGAGCCAACACAAUUCAAUUUUUCUGCCCGCGGAAUUGGCAUGCAACAGGUGAAUUAUUUCAAGCUAAAGCAAGACAUAAGGAAGCUCUUGUUGCAUUCUCAAUUUCUCUAUCAAUAGAACCAGAUUAUAUCCCUAGCAUUGUUUCUACAGCUAAAGUUCUUUUGAAGAUGGGUAACGAUGCAGUCCCUAUUGCUAGAAGCUUUUUAAUGAAUGCUCUACGAUUAGAACCCACGAACCAUGAAGCGUGGUUUAACCUUGGAAAGCUUGCAAAGAUGGAAGGAUCAGUCCAUCAAGCAGCAGAUUUUUUCCAAGCUGCACACGAGUUGAAGCUUUCUGCUCCAGUUCAAUGUUUUGUCUGAUGAGCCUUAAUUCAAUGCAGAAAUUGAAAAAUUGACUUCAGUUAUCCAUCCAGAAUCAGUGAAGCAAUCCAAGAACCUUAGCAAUUUGUUAAUAGAAUAGACGUUUGUGACGAAUUUAUGAAGGCAUGGUUUUUUCAAUCUUCGAUAGAGAGGUCUAUCUGGUUCUAUAUAGUUCCCAACGCGAACAGGAUAGUACUAUCUAUCGAUGUUAAUGGCAUCACUCAUGGUAUUUUGUAUCAGUGUAUAUAACAAUUAGUCAUCUUUUUGCUGGCUUUUGAAGUAAUAACUAGACAACUGAUUUCACAUAAUCACAUGAUAUCUUGAUCUCACAGUUGAUUUGCUUCAGCUUACAAUAAAGCACUGAACAUUUCCAAUGAAAGUACUUUCUUUUUGGCUAGUGAAGAAAAAAAGCAAUGCAUCUCAUAAUCUGUGUUGACGUUCACUAUGUAUUUCAUACUUGUAA